UCUCUCUCGCUCUCUCUCUCUCUCUCUCUCUCCUUUUUUUCUAGUUUCAAUUCUUCUUAGUCAAAAAUAGGGUUUCUCUGUCAACUAACUGGCAGUGCUGAAUAAAUCUGGCACAAGAUCUAUAGUGGAAAUUUUUUUUUUUUUUUGGAAAUGGUGUUUUAGUGUUUCUAUUCUAUGCACCCUAUAUCUUUCUGUAAGGAUACAUUUUGAUAAACUCACCCCCAAGAAAUGGAUUUAGGGAUUUAAAUAUGUGAUAUUCUAAGUGGACAUGACAGCAGACGUGAGCAGGUUUAUUCUUUCAUCAAUUCUUCUGGGGAUUUCAGUGCAGAAGUCAAGAUACGUUGCGUGAAAUUUCAUCUCGGCUCGCUCAUGUUUUGAAAGCAGACACUAUGUUGACAGCGAGAUAUUUUUACCCACAGACAUCAUUUCCGCUGACCUAAAAAUAGAGGAGGAUGAGAGAUGGAAUGUUGUGACAUAGGUCAUGUACUGAUUCAGAAGAUGACCUGAUUGUUUGUUCCAAGGCGUAUCUAGCACAUACAGACACUAACUGUUUAAUGAUGGCCACUACAGCGACACAGACGAGCGCAGCGUCCUCGUCAAUUAGCAGUUACCUCUUGUACGAUGAUGACUCGAACGUAUCCACCUUUCAAGAUAACGUCACGGCCUGCGACGAGAUAUUGGCCAGCCUGCCGGGACCCCCUCCACUGUACUCGGCCCCUUCCAAGUACGCCAUCAGCGCGGUGCUUAUCGUGGUGCCCAUCUUGACCAUCUUUGGCAACUGCGUGGUCAUCCUGGCCGUCAUCACGCACCGGAAGCUUAGGACGAUCACCAACGCUUUCGUGGUCAGCUUGGCCGUGGCGGACAUGUGCGUGGCCCUGUUCGUCAUGCCGUUCUCCAUCUACCAGCAGCUCAACAACAAGGUGUGGAUGCUAGGUUCCGUUCUGUGCAAGCUCUCUUCCAGCCUUGACGUCAUGAUGUGCACUGUCUCCAUCUUCCACCUGUCCUGCCUGGCAAUCGAUCGCUACCUGGCCAUCUGUCGCCCGUUCCUUCACGAGCGACUCACCGUACGCUGGAUUGGGUUCAUGCUGACCUUUUGUUGGGUCACCCCGAUAUUUAUCUCGUUCAUCCCCAUCUUCAACGGAUGGAACCACAUUGGAAUAGAGGAUAUCAUCUCCUGCGCUUUUCCGGUUGAGGCCGAAGCGUGCGUUUUUGUCGUAAACAUACCCUUCGCCAUCAUCUGCUCCCUCAUCGCCUUCUACAUUCCCGUCAUUUUUAUGGGCGUGUGCAACGCCAAGAUUUACAUGGCCGCCAUCAAGCAAGCUCACCAGAUUCGAACCCUGGAAGCCGCGGGGAAUCACAAUCAUUACAGCCACUGCAAGCGGAAGAGCAAGUUCAAGCAGGAGUCCAAAGCGGCUAAGACUCUGGGGAUCAUUAUGGGCUGUUUCUCGGUCUGCUGGUUUCCCUUCUUCAUCAUGAACGUCAUCGACCCCAUCAUAUCGUAUUCCACGCCCUACGUCCCAGCGCAGAUUGCGCUCUGGCUGGGGUAUAUAAACUCACUCAUGAACCCUUUAUUGUACUAUUACUUCAAUCGGAACUUUUACUACGCGUUCCGGCGCCUGCUUUCCUGCAAGGUCUGCAAGGGUGUCAGGGACUACGAAGAGGACGCCCUCAACACCACCCAGAUGUCCGAAUGACUAGCAGCGUCCCACCGUGACGGGAACCACCGCCGGGUCAGCGGCCACAGCUCGGCCGGCAGCAACACCACGGGCCAGCUGCUGGUCGCUAGGAGCAACGGGGCCAACGGCAUGGGCUCGCGGCACGUGGGACGCAGCGUCAGUACCGGCUUCAAGGACGAUUCUGAGGUCAUUACCAGGCUGACCGCCAGCCUCACGGCAGAGACAAUCGCUGACCAAUCAGGAUACUCCUGACAAGAGCUUACACCUAGGGCUCUUUAUUCAAUUUCCUUCGAUGACCUAUUUAUGUAUCAGACAUAAAUGUACAAAUAUCUACACAACAAACUCUACGUAUCAAACAAUACCGGUAUCAACAUUUUAAAACAAUGAUAUUAUUACGUAAUACCUCAACAUUUCAAAGAUCUCAGUUUUUUUUAAAUUUCACUCAUCUCAAUUUUCUUUCUUCAUUUACUACAACGGAUUCUCUCCCUUUAAAGCAUCCAUUCUAAAAAUAACUAAAUAUUGUAUGGUAUUCCAAUCUAGCCUUUCUGUGUUUUAUUCACUCAUAUUUUAACCAAAAACUGAAUCAAACCUGUGAUUUCCCCUCUGUAAAUGUUUACAAAAAUCUGUAAAAAGUUAUGAAUUAAAUGUUUCUAUUUUUAUAUGCUUACAUUACAAACUAACGCCCAACACACGGAAAUCUAUUUCUUUUCAUCACGCACAGAAGAGCCUAUUGUUCAUCUCUAUCUCUACAAGUAAUUGGAUAUAUGUAUAUAGACUCUUAUGAUUCUAUUUGUAUCAUAUCACAUACAACUUUGUUUUUUUUUUCUGUUUACUUGGGCUCAAUUACAAGCUUGUGAACAUGGAACCAACAAUUGGAUAUAUUGUUUCCUAAUUCUGACUGGAUAGCUUCACAGUUUUGUUGAUGCUCUUUGUUUGUGAUGGGUAUAUGUACAUUAUAUCUCUUCAAGCCACUACAUUACUGAUAUUAAUUGUAUAUAUUUCAAGCCACUACAUUUCUGGUAUACAUUGUACUAAUGUCAAACCACUACAUUACUGGUUUUCAUUGGACUGAUGUCAAACCGAUAAAUGUGUUUUACAUGUUACGGAUGUUCCUUUAGAUGCUUAAGAUGAUUCAUCCUAGCUCAAGUCUCCCGCAGGACCACGGGGGGGAUGGUGACGUUCAGGUUCGAACCUGGGACCACGAAGACCAUCGAACGAAAGUCCAGAGCACAUACAACACGACCAGGUAGUCAGUCAUUACUGGUAUACAUCGUACUGAUAUCUAUGUGCUACAUUACUGGCAGAGUUGGUUAUUUACAUUUAUUUGAUACAUGAAACUUUUACUUAGUCAAUUUAAAAAAAAAAAAUGAUGACCUAGAUGACCUUACAAAAGCUAAUCCAUGACACAGUUCAUUGAAAACAUUUUUUAAAGUGUUUAGAAAUAAUUCAGAACUUUUACAUUCAUAAUGGUGUGUUGUCUGUGGGUGUUGGUUUGGUGUGUUGUCUCUGUGUCUUGGUUUAGUGUGCUGUUUCUGUGUCUUAGUUUGUGUGUUGUCUCUGUGUCUUGGUUUGUGUGUUGUCUCUGUGUCUUGGUUUGCUUAUUGUCUCUGUGUCUUGGUUUGAUGUGUUGUCUCUGUAUGUUGGUUUAGUGUGCUGUUUCUGUGUCUUGGUUUGUGUGUUGUCUCUGUGUCUUGGUUUGCUUAUUGUCUCUGUGUCUCGGUUUGAUGUGUUGUCUCUGUAUGUUGGUUUGAUGUGUUGUCUCUGUGUGUUGGUUUAGUGUGCUGUUUCUGUGUCUUGGUUUGUGUGUUAUCUCUGUGUCUUGGUUUGAUGUGUUGUCUCUGUGUGUUGGUUUAGUGUGCUGUUUC